CCCACCACCACCUCCACCACCACCAGCCUCCUCCACCACCACCGUAACGCACAGUUCGCCCGGAGCACAUCCGUCUGCCUGGCUGGCUGUGUGUGUGUUGACUUUGCCUGCCUGCCUGUGUCUUUGCCUGUCUGUGUGUGUCUUUGCCUGUCUGUGUGUGUGACUUGGCCUGCCUGUGUGUGUCUCUUUGCCUGUGCUGUGUGUGUCUUUGCCUGUGCUGUGUGUGUGUCUUUGCCUGUGCUGUGUGUGUCUUUGCCUGUCUGUGUGUGUGACUUUGCCUGCCUGUGUGUGUGACUUUUCCCUGUCUGUGUGUGUCUUUGCCUGUGCUGUGUGUGUCUCUUUGCCUGUCUGUGUGUGUCUCUUUGCCUGUCCGUGUGUGUGACUUUGCCUGUCCGUGUGUGUGACUUUGCCUGUGCUGUGUGUGUCUCUUUGCCUGUGCUGUGUGUGUGUAGCCUUAACAAGGCUGCGUGGCUGUUUUCGUGCCGUUGCGUGUGAGUGCUUCAGUGGUGGCACGUGUCCGUGUGCGUGCGUGCGUGUGCGCACAUCACUCUAUCACCCUCCCACGUUCCCACCACUGACCCAUUGGCUUAUCAGCUGAUCUGUCACUUUUGAUAGCAACAGCAGCAGCGGCGGCAGCAGCAGCAGCGGCAUCAUGAACGUGUUUAGACUCACGGGUGACCUCUCCCACCUCCUCGCCAUCAUCAUCUUGCUCAUCAAGAUAUGGAAGACGAGGUCGUGCGCUGGAAUUUCUGGGAAGAGCCAGAUCCUGUUCGCUCUGGUGUUCACCACUCGAUACCUUGACCUCUUCACCACCUUCAUCUCCAUCUACAACACCAGCAUGAAGGUUGUGUACAUGGCUUGCGCUUACGCCACGCUCUGGAUGAUCUACCACAAGUUCAAGGCGACGUACGACGGCAACAACGACACAUUCCGCGUCGAGUUCCUGGUCGUGCCCAUCGGAGGCCUCUCGGUGCUUGUGAACCACGACUUCUCUCUGCUCGAGAUCCUGUGGACGUUCUCCAUCUACCUCGAGUCGGUGGCGAUCCUGCCGCAGCUCUUCCUCGUGAGCAAGACCGGCGAGGCGGAGACCAUCACCAGCCACUACCUCUUCGCCCUCGGCCUCUACCGAGCCCUCUACCUCCUCAACUGGAUCUGGCGCUACUACUUCGAGGGCUUCUUCGACCUCAUCGCCAUCGUCGCGGGCGUGGUGCAGACCAUCCUCUACUGCGACUUCUUCUAUCUCUACGUCACCAAAGUGCUGAAGGGCAAGAAGCUAAGCCUCCCGGCGUAGAAGCCUCUCGCCACUCGGCCCGGCGUCACUUCUCCGACGCUGUCCGCACGAAGUCGUUGGAGCAAAGGGUCAAUACGAAGACUAGCACGCACUCGCACGCACUCGCACGCAAUCGCUCGCACACACAACUUGGCUCUCUUUCUCUUUUCUCUCUCUCACUCUCUCUUUAAAACGGGUGAAAUAUGCAAACAUGGUAACAAUUCCAGAACAAGAUGGCGUUCGAGUUGAAUCCGUUGGCGGUUGUAAUCGCAGUGCGCGCUCGAACGCCCCUCUCGUUGCUUCAGCCGGCUCUCGCCUAGUUAAAUAAAGGACGCAUUCAUUGACUCGGAUCAAAUGUAUCCGGGGUGAUUCCUUUAUAGAUACCCCACUGACCCCGGCUAACGCACCACCCAUCGGAUGCGGUAAACAAAUCGGACCGGCCAUGUUGGAGAAAGUGUUCUAGCGGAGUGUUGGAUGAUUUCACAAGUGCGUAUUGCGAUUGGUGGCAGACAUGUCGAUGCUUGGACGUGAAUGAUUAUUUUCUCCAUAAAUUUCUUCCCUAUUUUAGUGGGCCGUCUAUAAAUGGAUCGUCCCCGUAUAUACAGUUGGCGGCAAAAGUCAGGAACCCGUAGCGGUGUGUUGAUUGAAAACACGGGCUGAGCGUGUUGUUGAGAUCCACGUGGACUUGUUGAGGAAUGUUCAAGUGUCCUGUGUGGAAACGUAAGAUGCGUGCGCAAGCAAUCGGUGCACAGUUCAAGCAUCUAGAAAUAACAAACAGCAGGAAGGCACGACUUUUAUCACGUGACCACUACAUUGCAUGUACCGUGCUCCUCAACCUUUGCCAGACCAUCAACUCAAAAUCGAGCUGAGAAUGUGGCCUUAUUAUUGAUUGCAAUUCAAGCAAUCUGCUAUCAAUGACAAUUCAGACUCGGGCUCAGACUUUAUUUCCGCUGGCGAGGCCCCAUUGAGCGACACCGCUCCGUUGUUUCAACGACGACCGCAGCCCAAGAACGCCGGCAGUGGUGGCAGUUACAAAACAUUGCAAUCGUGGGGGAUAUGCAAACUAAACAAGGACAGAAAGACAAAACUGUGUCCACAACGACAUAUAUAAGCACAGACGUAUGGUUCCUGGCAUUUGUCUUACCUUGUAUACUGUAUAUGCAUAUAUUUGCUUCCAAGUGUGUGUCCCCAUAGUGAAAUGAGUAUUCAAUGGUGCUUAUUUGCAAUGGCACGUUUUAAGCCAGUGGUGGAAACUCUACAUUGCUAUGUCAGGGACUAGUAUCUCCACAGGACAACCACUAUUUUGUAUACUGUAUAUAAUCACGAUGAUAUCGGUCCUUUAUUUAUCCAGGAGAGAAAGAAAAACACCUCGCCGAGUUUCGCAAGGGUCUUACUUCGGGAUAUUAGGCCAAUUCGUUUUUGAGUAUUUUUUUACAUAUCCUGUGCUAUGUAAUGAACGGUCAAUACACGUAGCAGAAUACAGGAGAAACGCUGUCUUAUAAGUAGACGAAGCUCUUGUAAACUCAUCCCAGUGCUUAACCAAACUUAUUUUACCAUGCAUUGGAGGUUUCCGCAGCCACGAUUAGAAUUCGUAUAUGUAAACUUUAUACGGGCCGUGUAAUGGCAUGCGUGACUUCACUGAAGCAACGACCGGUGGUGAAAGUUGCAUAUACAUGGUCGUAUCCGCGUGAAGUUUACAAAGUUUUCACGUUUACCACUACGUUUGCCGUUUCAAAGAGCGUACACCUUAUACGUUUGCCGUGGAGCGUUAUGGGUAGAAGCGUGAAUAGGCAGAACUCCGUUUCUGUGUUCUCACAUAAAAUGAAAACAUUGUCUAUAAAACUAUGGCUUUUGUCAUUGAACAUGAGCCUCAAAGUUUAGAUGGCAAGUUCUUGCCAAUGACACCUGGAAAUCAAGCGGCAUUUGUUUAACGAGCCUGACUCUGCUGAUGAGACCCAGCAAAUGGAAACCGGUGCCGAGUUCGCUUGCGUCAACAAACUUUGCUUGGUAAAAUUGGUCUGGGAAAGUCAAUGGGCCGAUGGACUAACACAUUUGUAGUUAUACGUGGAGACACAAGACAGAGUUCUGCUUUGAUGUUCUAUCUGAUAUAGGUCAUAAAGUGUCAUGCCGUAAAUGUUACAUGAUGUAUAUUUCACCCCUUUUUAGUUUUAUCAUUUCAACCUUUGCAUUUUUAAAGGCCCAGUGUAUAGUUUUUCAGAUUUUAUUAUCAUUAUUGAGAUUUGGUGGGGGGGAAUAGUGAGUGCUGAGGUUGGUAUCAGUCCAGAUGUUCUCUCUAUAUUUAGAGCAAACACAUCACCGGAGAAAUGCGACACAUUGUCUGAAAUUACGGUAGUCAACCAAAGGGUACGAGUGCGUGGACACUGUGAGCUUGGCGACGAUCAGGAGAGCUUAGACGCGAUGGCGCUUAGCCAUUUCUUUGCAAAGAGCUGAGCUGAUCGUGCGAUCAAAUUUAAUUGAUUAUUUUCGAUUUAAAGCUUUCGUGACCGCAGGGAUUCAUAUUCCUGGUUCUUUCGGUAAAGUCACGUAGAAGGGAAAUAAUAAAAAUAAAGUUUUCAUAUUUUUUUUAUUUCCCUUCUACAUGACUUUACCGAAAAAAACAAGAAUAUUAAUUGAUUCUACGAAACCUAACAAGUCGGUACCGCACACCACUAUUUAAUUUCACAAUUGUGGACAUUUUGACGAUGGCAAACGUAUCGUAGUCAUCGUCGGUCUACGCGAAUACUCGCUCCGUGCGUGGUCCGACAACCGAGCCUUCGAAAACUCCAGACUCGUCACCCACUCGUGUAUCUCACACUUGGGGUUUGACACUCGGAAUCGAAUCGUUGUCAACCUAGUUGCUCACUGGCUCUGCCGAGCACAUGCCGACCUCCUGAGUUGUCCGUCCACCCAUUAUCACCAAUUGUCACCUCCCCGUUUUGUCAGCGCACGUGGCCACAACUGGUCCCCCAUGGGACGGCUAAACCCAUCGCAUUGGCAAUCGCUCAACAAAUCGUCGUCGUAGGAGGCGCUGACGGUGACUCGCUUCCGAUGUGUCGGAUUUUUAGGUGCGAUGGCUUUAUAUUAGAACGCGCGUACUCACUGAAGCAUGUGCAUCCACUCACCCUUCCCCCAACACGCUCUGUUCGCUACCCCGUUUUCCAGCGUGAUUCUUCCGUGAGUUUAACUUGUCUGCAUUGUUAUUUGUAUUACUCAUUCGAAAUUUACACUCGCCCCCUUCGCUUUGGACGCCAAGGCAGCAACUUGUAACACAGUAUUAGAAGUUAGAACGUUUCCUAAUUUUUCUCUCUUUUAAGGAUAUUACUCGUUGCAUUUCAUCGCACAGUGUAUUUUGUAUCAUUAUAAAACUGCCGUUAGCAUACAAAUGGGUCUUAAGGACAAGCAUUUUUUCUGCUUUGUAUUAAAGUGUUCGAUCACGGCA